AUGGAGGAUAGCCUCAAUUGCGCAGCCUUCUAUGCACAAGCGACGUUUCACGAUGAGCUUUUGCAGACGCGGAAAUUUCCCCGCGUUCAGUGGCGCAUUAACCGCCAUCCUUCAAACAAUAAAUUCAAGUUCAGUCAAAGAUGCAUCGCGGGCCAUGAAAUCAGCAGUCUGACUAUCUUUGACAAUCCUUCUCCACUCAUGAAUCCCUCUUAUUGCCACAGGAUCACCGUCUGCCUUUCCUCGCUCAAGGAGAACAAAACUGUUGUUGAGAGGUUCGGUGGUCAACAAGCUGUGCAUUUGCUUCUCGGCAUUUAA